AAUAUUCACAUUUAAUAUUACCAUUCUAAAAUGAAUGUCGCCGUUGCCGUGGCACUCUUGGCAUACACCCAAGUCAAAUCAAUCGUUGCCCAAAUGGCAACAAAGGUUGAUUAUGAAGGCGUCAUACCAACAACAGAAGAGCGUGUUAAAUUGGUAAUGAGUCUGAUGGAUUCUGAUGGUAACUUGGAUGAGGAUUUGGUAGACCUCAUCAGGGAAAAAUACAGGAAGCAUUGUGUGGAAAUGUUCAAAACUGCUAGCAGUGAUACCGAAGAAGAAGGAGACAAAGUCAACAGUAUCUAUCGUAGCCGCGUAGAUAUCAACAACAUGUGCUCCAUCGAUAGUGACCUCUUCAUCGGUUACCUGAAUGUAGUUGGUUACGCCUUGGACGAGCUGUUCACUGGUCUAUACGGGGAGAACUACCACAAAUUGGUAGAAGGGUACCUUGAAGCUGGUAUUAGGGAGAGUGGCUUGGAACCAAAAGAGUUCAAAUUCCUUAACACUAGAUUCGUAUUCCCAGUCUUCUACGAUGAUAUCAGGGAACUGUACAGUGCUUUGGAACCCGAAGGUCCAGAGUCAAGUUCGUCUGAAGAUGAAAAGGAGCCUUUAGACAUUAUGUAUAAGUGGGUUGACAUUCAAACUAACGGCCUAGUGCCUGCUGAACACAUUGAUGAACAGAAGGUAUCAAAUGCUCUUGCUGUUCUGUUUUCCGCUGAUAAGACACCAUUCAGUCAAAUAGUUGUACACAUUUUAGUGUACAACUUGUUCUCCGAAGAUACUGAAAAGGCACGUGAGGAAGUAAUACGCUGCUCCAGGUUGUUAAACGAGGCAUCGUGUGAAACGAUCUAGAAGACACCGCAGUUAUACAUUUGAAUGUGGCGUAUGAUUAAAGUUAAAUGAGAAGCUACAAUGGUUGAUCGCUAAAAUAUAUGAUGAAAAGUUCAUUCAAGGGUCCACCAAUGUAGCUUGCUGCCUAUUGAUAAAAAAGAAUUAUUAAUGGGAGAAAUAGGAUCUACGUCAUUUAUUGUGUAACAUGCUACUUAAUGUUUAAUUUCU